CUGAGUUGAGAAGAUCCAGUCCAAUGACGGACAGAGUCCUUCAAAACCAGAGUAACUUAGAGUCCCAGAAACAGGGAGCUGUGUUUCAGGGUUUCUACAUGUUGCAAGAAAAAGAUGGUUUAAGCAAAAGGGAAAAUAGUUCAAAAGAUAAAUCAAGGACCCUGGAGAGGGAUUUGCAGUUUUCAGCUAUCCCCAAGUUGAAAAUAAACAGUAGAAAUCCACAGGAGUUUGUGCCAAACGGAGCAACAGGCAGUCCAAGGUUUUUUUCAUCUGGCUGUGAUGGGAGUCAGUCUGCUGACGGUGUUCACCGACAGCCACAGUCAGUGUGUGAUGGAGGUACAAACUACACCCAGGACAGACACUACAAUCAGACGUCACAUCAACAAAUGUACCCUGAGAGAAGCACAGCUUCACCACAGGCUGCCGGGGCUUCAUGUUCCGCCACGACCAUCUUCAGUCAGAUCAAUGUCUCUCCAAAUAUUGAGACAAGGAGAAGAAGGUUUGACUUACGCAACGAUGUGGAGGUGGAUGCAACGCUUUCAUCAUGCUUCAGUCUCAGAAGAGCUAAAAAAGAGAACAAUAAGUUAACUCUGACAGAAAACUCUCCGCCUGCUGUCUGCAGACAAACUCCAACUCCUCAGAAACACAGGCUCUGGUUGAAGGCCCAGAGUCAAGCUGCUGAGAGAGACGUGAGUCGGUCUGGCUCUUCUUCAAGGGAUCACAGCUGCCAGUCAAAAGACAUCGACCAGAAACCUGUGACAUCUCGGCAUGGAUUUAGGACAUGUUUUCGAGACCCUCAUGCGGGGGCCUCUGUACUUGGCCCAGUUGAGUGUACUCCAUCCCGAAAGAAAAACACUGUAAACCCUGACAUCCAGCGCCAAAAACAUCUGGAAAACUGGGAGCGAACUCCUGCACUGGAAAAUGAAAAUCACAAUGACCUAAAUUUCAGUCUGAAUCAGGGCGACAUGUUUGCACUACCUGAAGACCACAGUGUGCUGGCGCGGCUGUUAGGAUGCCCCCCAGAGGAACGUGUUGUCAGCAGGUCGCUGUCACUGAGUCCAAACAGUUCACACACCGUCUCUGACUCAACACAGAGCAGAGUUUACCAGAAACCAGAACAGACAUCAACCACUCCGAUGGCAAACCAACUAAACUGCUGUGUGGCAAAGAGAGCUUUUAUCAUGGAGGAAGCAGAGGACCCCUAUUACGUAACCAUGUAUUACCCGGGCUCCGAGUAUGUUGACAUGUCAGACGUAGUUCCUCCAGAAGUGAGACCCAAACCUGCCGUACCGGCCAAGCCACCAAAUGUUGGGGCCCCCUCUCCCUCUAGUCCUUUCCCACCACAGGGGCUUGGCAUCGGAGGAGGUUCUGUUCCUCCUCCAAGUGCGAUUCCAGUCGCAAUCGGGAGCCAUAGCCUGAGCCACGGAGGCAGUCACGGUGUUGGUCACGGUGUUGGUCAUGCCGGGGGUCAUGCUACAGCACACACUGGAGGUCACACUGUCUCCCACAGCUCCAGUGGGGGAUCCACUCUGCUGGGAUACAUUGGCAUUGACACCAUCAUUGAGCAGAUGAGGAAGAAAACCAUGAAGACGGGCUUUGACUUCAACAUCAUGGUAGUUGGUCACAGUGGGCUGGGAAAGUCCACUCUCCUCAACACGUUGUUCAAGUCUCAGGUGAGCCGCAGGAGCGCCGGCUGGUCACGUGAUGAGAAGAUUCCCAAAACAGUGGAGAUCAAAGCAGUUUCUCAUGUUAUUGAGGAAGGCGGUGUAAAGAUGAAGCUGACAGUUGUCGACACUCCAGGCUUUGGAGACCAAAUCAAUAAUGACAACUGCUGGGAGCCGAUUUCCAAAUACAUCAAUGAGCAGUAUGAGAAGUUCUUGAAGGAGGAAGUAAACAUCACCAGAAAAAAGCGUAUACCUGACACCAGGAUGCACUGCUGUCUCUACUUCAUCUCCCCAACUGGGCACUCGCUUCGACAACUGGACAUAGAGUUCAUGAAGCGAUUGAGCCACUCGGUCAACAUUAUACCCAUCAUUGCUAAAGCAGACACAAUGACUAUGGAAGAGAGGCAGGAAUUUAAACAGCGGGUGAGAAAGGAAUUGGAGAUGAAUGGGAUUGAGAUUUACCCACAGAAGGAAUUCGAUGACGACAUGGAGGACAAGAGUGACAAUGACAAAAUCAGAGAGGCGAUGCCGUUCGCUGUGGUGGGCAGCGAUAAAGAAUAUCAAGUGAAUGGAAAACGGGUGCUGGGAAGAAAGACAGCAUGGGGAAUUGUUGAAGUUGAAAACCCAAACCACUGCGAAUUUGCUCAACUGAGAGACUUCUUAAUCAGGUCUCACCUCCAGGACUUGAAGGAGGUUACUCAUAACAUUCAUUAUGAAACUUACCGUGCCAAGAGACUGAAUGAGAAUGGCGGUCUACACCCAAUAUCCUCUAAUGGCACCCAAGAAAGCAACCUGUAGUCAGUCGCUCAGGGGACAUAUUCAGUAGAGACAACACAGCUCAGUGACAUGCAAACAUACAUAAUUAAAUUAUUGCUUCAAAAGAAAUGGGCAUAGAUUUGAUUUUAUUUACUUUAAUCUAACUCCAUUCCAAAUUUAACCAUAAUUUAGUAAAAAUCAUCUAAAAACAUACACAUAUCAGAGUGAUCUUCCCAAAUAUUGAGACUAAGAUUUCGUGCCAUUGUCGACUUCGAACAACUUGUCCUUAAUCAGGUAGCAUGAGCUUAAAAGGUGCCACGUUAUCAUGUGUAUAUGAGAGGUGUUAUUUUAAAUGACGUUGUUGUGUAGCCCAUGAUGACUGAAUGUCUUUAAAUGAAACUAUUUGAUUUGAUUUUUUAAUUCUCUGUAGUGAAAAUGUGUGUGUCAGUUGUGCCGGUAAAGUUGUGCUGAAAAGUAAUUUUUAUGGUUUAUUUGAACAAAUAUGCUGUUGCCUCCUUCAGCACUCUUACUUAGAAAGAAAACUUGUAAAGAAGAGGUAUUAUUUUUAUUGUUAUUUUGUAACGGAAAACAAUGCCAAAUUCAAAACAUGCCAUAUCAACGACCACUCAACGUAGUGUUUUUGUUUGGUGUCACGUGCUCAAGUAUUUUUGAACCACACGGACAACUGACUCUGAGAAUGACGGACGUGUUUUCGUUUAAAUUAUGCCGGUGAAUGUGCAGUCUUUGUAACCACUUGGUGGCAGCACUCUUCCAUUACACAGCGAUGGCUCAAUUGAGGCACUGAAGGGCAGAACCUGACUAAGUCCUGUAUGUGGAGCCAGUGCAUUCAUGUUUAUAGGAUCUUACAAAAUCUUCUUCUACGAAUGUUUUAUUGCUAACGUGUCUCUUCAAUGCAUUGUUUACAUAAAGCCUGUAGCAUGCACUCAGAUCAGUCCAAAACACUGAGAUUCUUACAUGUUUAUUCAGUGGUAUUGAAAAACUUUACAUUGAUGUUUUGUCAUAUGUUGUCUGCACAAUAGCAGGGAGCAGAACAUAGACAGAAAAAAUACAAUCAUCUCAGUAUCAUAUUUACCCUGAUGGUAUGUUUGUGGUUUUGACAUCAUACCAUGUCUGUAUAUUAAUUUUGGUGCAGUCUCGUAAUAACAUUUUUUCAUGUGUAUGCUUGUAGCCACUUACUGCAAAUCUGAUCACGUUACUGUUACUUUAAUCAAUAACUAACAAUAAUACCUGACUGUGUGGCAUGAAGAUGUGAUGAAGUGACGUCAUUUGUGUAGCUACGCAACACAUCUUUUUGUCUGUGCUUAUGCAUUAAAUGACAACAUUUCUUUGUUUUUGUUUGAUGCAUUCAGACAUUUCUACAUUUGUCUUUAUAUGUUGUCUUACUUUAAUUUAUUAUAAUAAGUACAAAUACAUGUCCAUUCUUUCAAAGAAUAAAAUAGUAUCCAAAA